CAUAUACACACACUCACAAAGACACUCACACACAGUCAGAGCAGAGCAGAGGAGCUCUCAUCCAGAUCGGUGCCAGACGCACGGUCGACUUUUUGAUUUUGCGCGAGUUUUACAACGUUUUUGUUCAUUUUUUUUAAUUAAGAGUAGUUAAUACAUAACUGCUGUGUCAAGUUUGUGACCUUUCACGCCUCUUUGGAAUAUCUUUCGGGAUUAAAGGUGGAUACUUCACAGGCGCAGAAGUCGUCUUGAGAAAGUUCGACCGGGACUGUUUCUUUCCGACGCAGGAGCGCGCAGCAGCUCGGAGCGCUUCAAGACUUAAAAAAAAAAAUAGUCAGUGCGACUUCGUCUGGGGUAUUUUUUGAAUUGAGCCGUCCCAGAAAUGGUGGGGCACCUACACUUACAAGCGAUGGAUGAUAGCCUUAAAGGAAAGAACCGUGAAGGGCUGCUCGACAGUCCGGAUUCGGGAUUGCCCCCAAGUCCCAGUCCGCCCUUCUGCUCCCUCUCUCCGGGUCUGAUCGAGUCGCGCUCCAGCAGCUGCACGACCCCCGUCGAAAGCCAUCAUGGAUAUUAUAAAAAGGAAAGCAGAGAAGGCAAACUGCUGCCCUACCUGCUGCUGAACUCCACAGGAACAGACCCAAAGACUCGCAUGUACCCCGUGUUCUUCGGAGAAAGCAUCGAGGUCAACCCCAAACCAGAGCAGGAAAUCAAGUGCAACUCCGAGGUCAAGUAUGACUCUGACAAGCAUUACAGGGACCGAGUUUACUGCGCCCCCGUUCCCACGGCCACCUCCUUCAGCGAGACAGUGGUGGCGGUGCGGAACUGCACUUGGAGGAGCUACAAGUCCCAGGUGUACCUGGAGCCACGGCAGAGGCCCAUCAGCUACCAGAGCACCACCAUCAUCUACCCGAAACACGCCAAGAACACUUACCGCACCACGCUCAACUACAACGCCACAGGCUCCCGCCGCUGGUUUGUCUCCACGGUGCAGCUGGAGUCGAGUGAGGAUACUAGUCCCUGUAUCAUCUACACAGAGGACCUGUAGAGCCCGGACCGGGCCAGCCCGCACAGGGAGAGGGCGACCGGGUGGUUUUUUUUUUUUCUUUUCUUUUUUUCGGAGGAAGAGGAACUUGGGAAGGCAAAUAUUGAAAGGGAAAUACUUCAAGUAAUACCUGGAGCAACUAAAAACCCUGCUCUGUUCAUCUUUACUCGCCAUGGAGGAAACUCUGGGAAACCCUUUAGUGACAUUUCACCUGAGUGUAUUUAGACUUUCUACUGAUGCAGUCUUUAAAAAGGGAGGGUUGGUCCUCUGGCAGUCUAAAGCUGCACUUCAAUGGUUAAUGUCUUAUUUAAUACCAGAGCUGACAAAUUGGUGGCCUUUGCUGUCCUUCAGGUUGGAUUGUAACCUCAGUGGAGGUAACGAUCAGAUUGUAGAUGUCUGUGUAUGUAGAGAAAAGUCAGGAUGACGUGUCGUGGGAGCUCGCGCAAACCCAGUCACACCAAUGCAAAGCUUUCUAAUAUGGCUUUAUUGCACUUGUUUUCUAUAUAUCACAGUUCUCUGAGUGGGCUUGGCAUCGCAGGGGGAGAAUUUCAGUACUGCAUUUGAAAAAUUGGACCAAAGACAGUUUAUCUCUUUGUAAUAACUCCACACAAUGAGGCAGAACGCUUUUGUUUUGUUAGAGUUAAGACUGAAGUCUAAUCAAAACAAGGAUCACAGCACAGUAACAAAAGAAUAUUUGAAAAGGGAGAUAUUUAAAGCCUCUGAAAACAUGGUUUAAAAUCUAAAAACAGUACUUUUCAACCCGGUUGGAUCACUGCAGUUUAGGUUUUUAACGCCUGUUAAACUCAACUUAAUUUCAAUACUUUAGUUUAAGAUAAUGAUAAUGUUAAGGGUGUUUUGGUAAACAGGUUCUUGUUUGGUCUCUAGGAGGUGCUGAGGGGCUGCAGAGCAACAUUCAACAAUUUAGAUUGACAACACACACGGCCUUUGAGAACAGUGGCAAUCGUUGCAUAGUUUACUUUCUGUUUUUAACCUGCUUUUGCCAAAGAAAAAAAAGUAAACAAGCAGAGGGAAGUGACACUUCUCUGUCACAACUCUUGGUACGGAACAAACUGUACUGAUGCAGUGGCGCUCACCUGUCGGCUUCUCCAAGAGAGUCAAACACAAAAACAAGAAGUGUUUCCAGCUGCAGCCUGUCAGUACCUGGACGCUUCAAGUGCGAUCGACGUAUCACUGUUUCAGCUGCUGCACCAGCUACUCAUAAAUGCAUCACUUAGAAAGUAACCAGUCAUUAACUUCAAACCGGUGAUUUGCUGAAUCAUAUCGCACCAUUGAAACUUAGCUGGUAAAGUCACUGCAGCAUCACAACUUUAAUAAUAAUUUGCAAAUGUGGGUCAAAUGUUGGCAGGCUUAGCAUUAGCUUUGUCCGUCGGUUCAGUUAGCUAUGUAACAGUUGGCAGUUACUGGGCAUACGUGUCUAUUAACAACCAGUCCCUACAUAAGAACUAUGUGAUGCAAUUUACACAUCACCUUUUGUGUAUGUGUAAAUCUCCACUAAGUGAGCACUUGUGUUAUAACUAGGUGUGAGUUUACGAGUAGCUGACGCAGCCGGGCGUUUCAAGUUUUCACAUGUCAACAAAUUGUCAGUGAAGGUUGUUCAAAAGCAUGAAACUCUUCUGUUAUCACCAACAUGUAAAAAGUCGAGCAGGGAAACCACAUUAGAUUUCCCUGUUGAAAAUGUAAGAUAGAUUUUUAUAGAGCGUUUUCAUGACUUCUUUAUGUGUCAUAUAUAUAUAUAUAUAUACAUAUAUACAUAUAUAUAUAUAUAUAUAUAUAUUUAGAUACUGAACACAGCAAAUAUUGAAACUUCAGACUUUACCUCAAAUUUUCUUAGGUAUCUGUUUUUAUUCAUUGCAAAUGUGUAUUCCCGAUUUUCAGUUGAGGUCUUGAGCUUGUGAUCUUGUUUUAUUUUGUAGUUUGAAAUACCCUAUGUGUAGAGUGGAGAGGACGCGGAGGGCGCGAAGAUGAGGCGGUGCAUCAGUACUGUGGGAUAGGUACUGGGCUUUAAUGAGGGAACAGUAAGUAGCAAGACAACAGGAGAAAAGUCAGAUCUGCUCCUUCAAAAGAAAAAAUAUAGAAGAGAUGACUUUUUAUACAGAACAGUGAAGUCCCUGGUAAGAUGGUGGAGAGUUUUGCUAUGUGUUGAUGGUCUGUGAAAUGUCAGAGACUGAUGAGAGAAAGUCGGUGGGUGUCAAGUUAAACACGUUGUUGGUUUUCUGUGAGAUACUUUUGUGUUUCCUAACACUUGAUUUUGUUACUGUAAUAUAUUUUCCUGUUGUAUAUGUGGCAUCGAGGCACUUCAUAAUUCUCUUUAUAUUUUUGUACGUCAAUCAUUGUUCCUGUUCUGAUCAAGGAAAAUAAUUUAAAAAGAUGUAUAUCCUAAAUG